ACUGCCUGCCUGUGACCGAUGCCUACCAGCCGUGAAUCAGCAUAAUAGUUCCAGUCUAGUCCAGACGAGAUUGUAACACUGUAUGCAGAGUGUUAUUGACCAGAACUUGAAUAAUUAUUCAAGCGCACUGCAUUAGCUUAUGUUGGUUGGCUGGCUAUUUUUUGACAAAGCAUUCGUAGCCGUCGGCAUAAGUCCUGCAGUGGAAAUGCGGUCGGUGUGUAGCCCGUUAAUGCACUAAUAUUGACAUACUGAGAGAGUAGCCCGGCUGUAUCAAACUGUGAAGUGUGAAAGUUCGCUUGCUUUCACCCAGAGAAAAACUCGACUACAUGAUUGAAGCUUGGGAAAAUCUAUUUCUGAAUAUUUGGGCGUGAGCACUGCCACUGUUACGUGUCUGACAGCUGACGAAUCGCGGACACGCAUUUACAAGUGCAGUAAGCGAAACUGAAAUGCUUUCUAAACGUGCCAACAACUUACACGUAGGUUAAAUUCUAGUUGGCAGGUUAUCGAAGUGGAGCACACUUCGUAAAUGCGUAGCUGGACUUUCACUUCUUAUUGUCUCAAUUAUGAGUUGGAACAUACAAGCUAAAGUAUUCACUGUGGUAUUCACUGCGUUUCUUAGUGGACAUAGCAGUUCUUUUGGAUAUUGUGCACCAAGUGGGAAUUUAGACGACGAUGCUUUCACCAUCCAGCAUGUGAACACUAGUCAGUGUCUCGGGGUUAGUGCGGAAGCACAGUCCCUCAGUCUGGCCAACUGCACCACGUCAGUGGGCCCAGGCGUGCUGUGGAAGUGGGGCUCCAGCCACCGGCUCUUCCAUGUGGGCUCGUCGCGUUGCCUGGGCCUGGAGGUGCACACCAAGACGCUGGCCCUGUCCGACUGCGACUCCAAGGGGACCAUGCUCAAGUGGCUGUGCGUGGGCCAGGCCAUCUACACCGACUACGAGAUGGGCCUGACGCGUGGCGCUGGGGCGGCCGUUGUGGCCAAGCGGAAGCCUGCCGAUGCCUGGAGACGAGGAGGCUCGGAGGAGAACAUCUGCCAGCAGCCAUACAAGACAAUACAUACUAAAGAUGGCAAUGCUUUGGGUUCUCCCUGUGUCUUUCCAUUCCGCUAUAACGGAACUUGGCACCAUCGCUGCCUCCCGGGACAACCUGACCUAGAGAAUCUUCCGGAGAAAUUGAGCUGGUGCUCCUCCACCAUGAACUUCGAGCAGCAGAGGAAGUGGGGCUUCUGCCUCCAGAAUGUGGAAGGCUGCCACACUCUCUGGGAGAGCUCCACGAAUGGACACUGCUACCAGACUGUUGCUACGGCAGCUGUCACCUGGCAUCAGGCGAGGGACUCGUGCCGAAGUCAGGGGGGAGACCUGCUGAGUGUGUCCAGUGUGGCAGAGCUGAAAGCCUUGGAGGCAAUGGACCUCCCUGACAAGCUGUGGAUCGGACUGAACCAAAUGGACUGGGCAGAGGGGUGGCAGUGGUCUGACGGAUCUCCACUGUAUGUGGUAAAUUGGGCACCAGAAAUGCCCACCCCAGUCGGCCUGGGCGAGUUGGACUGUGGCGUGUUGACUUCUUCUAAGGAUGGAUAUAAGAAGAACUAUGAGAAUGCCAUGUGCGAGAGAAAGCUGCCGUACAUCUGCAAGAAGUCCAACAGCACCAAGCCUACAGAGAGGACGGUGUACAAGUCCACAGUGUGUGAGGACGGCUGGUUCCCGUGGGACGGCCGCUGUCUCAAGCAUUUCAUGGAUGCCAUGACCCAGUCCCAUGCUCAGGAGUCCUGUACCAGCAACAACGCCAGCCUGCUCAGCAUCCACAGCCUGGAGGACAUGCUCAUGUUCAAUGUCAAACUCCCAUCAGUAGGUGUAGAUAUGUGGACAGGUUUAAAGGGCAAUGGCAUCCCUCUGGUCUUCGAGUGGCAGGAUGACUCUAACGUCACGUACACACACUGGGCCAAAGGCAGCCCACACAUUGAGCAAAGAACCCCAUUGCCAACCUGCGUACGCUUCACUGGCGAGAACCAUGAGUGGGUGCUGACGGAUUGUAACGUGAAACUGACGUACCUGUGCGCAAAGAAGGGAGUGGUGAACACGAGUGUGCACAAUGAGGGCUGUCUUGAGGAGGGCUGGAGAAGACAUGGUAAUGCCUGCUACAAGAUUGAACUCAAACCCGUUUCCUUCAAGCAGAGCUGCAAUCUCACCAUCAAUGACAGGUUUGAGCAGGUCUUCAUUAACCGGCUCCUGAGGGAACACCUGAGCUCUUAUACCCAGUACGUCUGGACGGGCCUGCAGGACAUUAAGGGCAACGGGGAGUUCAGCUGGACCAACGGAGAGAACGUCACCUUCACCAACUGGGGGUAUGGAGAACCAGGCAGUGGCGGUGGCUGUGCCGUGAUGUCCACCAGCAGGCCACUUGGGAAGUGGUUGACUAGGAACUGCAGUCUGUUUGAGGCGGGCACCAUCUGUAAGAAAUACCUGACGCCCCUGAAGCCACCACCCAAGCUGAACCUCACAGCACCCUGCCCCAAUGGGUGGUUCUCCAAAGAAGGCAUACCCUACUGCUACAAGGUGUUUCAUGAGGAGCGUUUGACUAGGACGCGCACGUGGACAGAGGCGGAGGGAUUCUGCCACUCACUGGGAGCUCAUCUGCCCAGCUUUGGAAACGUGGACGAGAUGACCGCACUACACUAUGUCAUGAGGGACGUCAUCAGUGAUGACCGGUACUUCUGGGUCGGGAUGAACCGCAGGAACCCAAACAAUGACAAUGCCUGGGAGUGGAGCGAUGGCAGGCCGAUGUCUACUUCCAUCUUCCCAAUGGAAGUUCAUGAGGAUGACGAGUAUAAUCGUGACUGCACUGCCUUCAAGUCGUUGCGUGGCAGCUUCCACCUUCUGUUCUUCUUCCUGCUGCAUGACCUCCCGCCCCGGCCCUUCUACGCCACGCCCUUCCACUGCGACGCCCAGCUGGAGUGGGCCUGUCAGAUCCCCAGAGGUACCACUCCAUUGCAGCCGAUUUGGUAUAACCCAGGGGGCCACCAUGACACAUCAGUGUUUGUCGACGGACAGGAGUUCUGGUUUGUGACCUCACCCUGGCUUUCGUACGAGGAGGCGAGCUUGUACUGCUCCAGCAACAACAGCCGCCUGGCCGUGCCCGUCAACAUCAACUCAGCCAAGACCAUGCAGGAGCAAAUCCUAAAGCAUUCUCCAGAUAUAAAGACAACUUGGUGGGCUGACCUGAAGGAACCAGGGCCCUAUGUACCGCUACCAUUCACGCAGUUACACUUUUAUCACUCAUCGUUUUUGGGCCGGUGUCCAUCACUCAGUCAGGAUUCAAUGAUCCCAGACUACAAAAAGCUUUGCUCAGAGAAGCUGCCGUUUGUGUGUGAGGUGCUGAACGUGACCGCAACAGAGAAGCAGCCAAUAGGGCCACACCCUCCAGGCCUGCCCUGUGACGGAGGCUCCAUUGCCUUCAGAGACAAGUGCUACACUGUGAUCAGGCCUGUGGUCACCACCUUUAAGAAGGCCAGUGAGAUCUGUCAAGCCCACAGAGCCCAGCUCAUCACCAUCAGAGACCAGGUGGAGCAAGACUUCAUCAACACCCUCCAGCCCUCCCUCCUCCUGAGGACGUGGAUCGGCCUCAAGCUCAAGUCCCAAGAUAUGCAGUGGGAGGACAACACGCCCGUCACCUACCUCAACUUCCACCCACUGGUGCACGGGCAGUACCGGCGCAUACACGUCAAUGGCCCAGAGGCCUUGGAGCUGUGUGCCUACAUAUUCAGUGAUCCAGACUCAGACAUCCUGGGCACCUGGGACUACACGUCCUGCUCUGACUUCCAGAACAUCUCCAUCUGCCAGCACGAUGCAGAUAAGCCUGAGGUUGCCGUCAUCUCUGACCAGCCUUUCCAGGUGCGCAACCACACCUAUCACCUGGUGCCGGGGGUGAACAUGACGUGGUUUGAUGCGCUGGAGAUGUGCAAGGAAAAGGACAUGGAGCUGGCCAGCGUGGCCGACGCAUUCCAGCAGGCGGUGCUGACGGUCAACGUGAGCCGGCUUGGCAAGCCCCUCUGGAUCGGCCUAUUCAGUGAGGAUGAUGGGGAGCACUACCGCUGGACGGACCACAGUCACACGGUGUUCAGCCGCUGGUCCAAAGAGAGCACCACCGGGCGCUGCGUCUAUCUGGACACAGACGGCUUCUGGAAGGCCACCGACUGUGGGCAGGGCCUGAGCGGAGCUAUCUGCCACAUCCCCCAUGAGGUCAUCAUCACUCCAGAGCACGCGUCCAUGAAAUGCCCUCACAAGGGGAAUGGCCCCAACUGGUUCCCCUACAAGAACAACUGCUACACCUUCCAGAUGCUGCACUCCAGGUGGGACCACUAUGACAACGGCCAGAUCCAGAAGACCUGCCAGGAGCUGGACCCAAAGGCGGCGCUGUUGACCAUCAGGGACGAGGAGGAGAAUGAGUAUCUGAGGAAGAAGCUCCUGCCCCUGAAGUCCUUGGCCCAGUUUGUGUGGCUGGGGCUGCACAAAGAUAAUAACACCAAGCAGCUGAAGUGGUAUGACGAGACGUAUGUGCAGUACUCAAACUGGAAGGGUGGCCGACCAGAGGUGGAGGGAGAGUUCCUUGCUGGCCUCAGCCUGGACGGGCGUUGGGAUCUUUUCUCCGAUGACCAGUACUUCACGAUCUUCAAGCAAAGGACUGUGGUUGCCUGCAAGAUUGAGCAAAAUGACCGGGAAGAGUUCCAGAAGUCUCCGUGGGAUGUGACAAAGUAUGCCAACCACAGCUACCGUGUGGAGGGCCGCAAACUCACCUGGUUUCAAGCCCAGGAGGAGUGUGCACGGGGCGGUGGCCAUCUUGCCAGCAUUCUCAGCGCCGCCCAGAGUAAAGAGUUGCUGGCCAUGGCCAAAAGGGAUGGGUUCCCCCUCUGGAUCGGCCUGUCCAAUCAGGCUGGUAAUAGUUCUGCCUAUGAGUGGUCGGACGGGUCUACGUUUGACUACACCCCGGCGGGCUUUCACAGAGGGGCUGUGGAGGACGGCUGUGUGUUCAUGGACACCUCCGGGAUGUGGGUGAGCAUCAGCUGCCAGGACAAGAUGGAGGGGGCCCUCUGCUACAACAGCACCGUAGAGCGAGCAAAACCUCAGAAAGCCCCAGUGUCCCACCGCUGCCCCAAGACGAAAGGAGUCUCUCAGUGGGUGGAGCAUGGGGACCACUGCUACGCCUUUGACAUGACCUUCUACAACUACACCGUCUUCAACCUCACCUACGCCAAGAGAGUGUGUGAGCAGCUGGAUUCAUCAGCGCACCUGCUCAGCAUCAAAAGCGAGGUGGAGAACGAUUUUGUCUCCAAGUAUGUCAGCAGCAACCCCCACAUCACCAGCCGCGUGUGGCUCGGCAUCGGGUUCACCCAAGACACCUCUGGGUUUAAGUGGAUGGAUGACAGCAAGGUGGACUUCUCCAAGUGGAGCUCCGUCCCACGUGAAACGAGAACAUUUCCCCCACCUGACAUCUGCGCAGUCAUGUUGACCAAUGAGGACGGCUUCUGGAAUCAGACCAGCUGCUUGGAAAGCCGUGGUCGCAUCGUCUGCAAGAUCCCAAUGCGGUCAGGUGGCAUGUCACCAGCUACAAUCUUCUGCAUCAUCGUGAUCCCAGCCCUGUUAGGCAUUGCACUCUACAUUCUCUACAAGAAGAACCGUCACCACUUCUUUAGCGCCGUCCGCUACCAGCGCAGCUUUGACGAUGUCGACAGCACAAGCAUCAUCAAUGACACGGAGUAACUGCGCUUCUGCAAAAUGAAGAGGAUGGGGGGAAAAAAGAAAACAUUGUGCCUUUCUGCAUAUAAACAUGCUCCUGACGUCAACAGAUCAACAACAGACCACACCCGCUCUGCAUAAAAACUAUUAUUUAUUACUAUAACCCCCAUAAAAAUAAGAAUUGUAUUCCCUAUUUUGUGCUGGGGAAACAAGUUGCUAUUCUCAUAUGGUGUAAAUAUUGACUCAAGUUCAGGAUGUUGUUUCAGGUGAUGUACUUAAGAUUCAGGUAAUAUCUUGAGAAACUUGUUUCAUUUUAUUGUGCUGUUUUUUUUUUUUUUUAAUGUUUUAACUUUUUUUGUCUUAAAAAGAUGUUAAGUGAAAAGACCAGAUGCAGGGCUGUGGGUGUGAGAUGUUACCGGUUACGGUGGGGUCACUGGGCUGCUGACACAUGUUUUGGUUAUGUGUAAACACUGGGUGUUAUUGCCUAGUGAGAAGGUGAUUCCUGUGAACAUCUCUGUUUAACAAGGGGGAUGGAUUCCGCACAGGUCCACUGCCAUUGGCGUGUGAAUGACUUGUGUAAGGUGUUUGAGGUGUUCUUUCCCCUGAUUUGUUUGCAAAAAUUAUUUGAUUGACCACUGACUGUGUUCUGGGGGGUUUUGAAUCGCUGAAAAAUAUGCACACGAUUUUGUAUUUAACCACAGGAGAAUCCAGAGAGUGGUACAUCCUAACCUUCAAACUAGCAUGCUGUGUUUCAAACUAAGGUGUAAAAAAAAAAAAAUCAAUCAAAUGUAGUUGCUGUUUUCCUUUUUGAAGCCUCUUUUGGUCUCGAGUUGCACUCCCACUAUUUUUCUUUUGUCUUUUAAAAUGGUUCGAUUUCUUUCUCUUUUUUUUUUGUACAUUUUAUUCAGUGUUUUUGUUAAAGCCAAAGUCACACAAAACUGUGAUGCUAACAGCAAGGAGUGUACAAGUUAACAUUUGUGUGGAUGAUUCUUUCAAUUUCUUAAAAAAAGAUUGACAUCUCUUCAGGUGGGUUUGAUGCCUGAGCUGAGGUGUGGUUCUUAGUCAUGCACUGAUAAAGGACAUAAAUGCCCUCCAUGUUGACUAAUUGACUAAACAUCUAUAUGCUCACAGUAAUUAUUACUAUAGACAGGAGGGGAUUGGGAUGAAAUAGUUUGUCUACCAAAGGCUAUGAAGUAUUUGAUUUUUUUUUUCUCUUUAUUACUCCCAUAAGGUGUGGUAUAGGUUAAGUCCGUGUGUUCAGAUGUAUGGUGCAAUCUGAAGUGUCACCAAAUGGGAGACCUCAGCCUUCCUCUUUCAUGCACUCAAACUACUGAGAAUUUGAGCACUUUAAAAACCCUUCCCUGUUUCGUCACUGCUUUUUAUAUGUAAAUUACUAUGCAGCUGUAAUUUCUUUUUUUACUGGUCUUUUUUUUUUUAAAUAAACAUUUAAACAUAUUGCUUAAGCACAGUUCCUACAGAAGAUCUGUUGACACUGUUGGUGUGUAAUGCAAGUUCUUUUUGAAUGUUUAAAUUUUUUUAAUUAAAAUUUGGCAAAAAAGAA